AUGGGAGGGGAAAGUGCUCCUUCGCUGGGAGCGUUAGUUCCGACGGUGAAGACAUCCUCGGAGGCGGAAAAUGCUGGGGGAAUUGUUGAGCAGCAGGAGCAGGUGGAGGAGGAGGAGGAGGCCGUUGCGGCCGAGGAGGAGGAUCGGAAGGAGGAUGAUGAGGAAGCCAUGACCGCCGCUACGACGGCGACGGUGUCGGUGGAAUUGGAUAAGGAUAUGCUGUGCCCGAUUUGCAUGGAAAUGAUCAAGGACGCCUUCUUGACAUCCUGCGGCCAUAGCUUCUGUUACAUGUGCAUCGUCACGCAUUUGCAGAACAAGAGCGAUUGUCCUUGUUGCCACCAUUUCCUCACUCCUUCCCAUCUCUACCCUAAUUUCCUCCUCAAUAAGCUUUUGAAGAAAACCUCUGCUCGCCAAAUAGCCAAGAAUGCUACACCCAUGGAACAACUUCUGCAGGCUUUAAAACAGGGAUAUGAGGUUUCAAUAAAGGAGCUCGACACUCUCGUGUCCCUUCUAGCUGAGAAGAAAAGGAAAUUGGAGCAGGAAGAAGCUGAGACAAAUAUGCUAAUUAUGCUUGAUUUCUUAAAUUGCCUGAAAAAUCAGAAACUUGAUGAGCUCAACGAGUUACAAACUGACCUUCAGUACAUUAAGGAGGACAUAAAUGCUGUGGAGAGGCGUCGAAUUGAUAUGUAUCGAUCACGAGAUAGGUAUUUAUCAAACCUGGGGAUGCUUGGUGAUGAUCCUCGUGCAAAAGCAGCACGGUCCUCGUUGAUUGAAAAACUUGGUGGCCGGAGCAUGAUCCCUAGUUUUCCUGGUCAACGAAGUCAAUGCCGCAUGGGUUCCACGACCCCGCAUAUCUGGAAAGCUGAUGAGAGAACGCAUUCAGGAUUGCAAACAACUCAAAGAAAGGAUGUUUAUAGUGAUUCACAACAGCUAAGUCAAUCAGGACUUAUAGCAGCCAGGAAGAAGAGGAUCCAUGCACAGUUCAAUGACCUUCAAGAUAGUUAUUUGCAAAAACGACGGUACUGGGCGAGACAAUCUCCAAAGACCAGUGAGAGAGACAGCCAUAGAAGAGAAGGUUUCAGUGCUGGGCUUGAAGACUUUCAGUCUGUUCUUUCAACCUUUACGCGAUACAGUCGAUUGCGGGUGGUUGCUGAACUUAGGCAUGGGGAUCUUUUUCACUCAGCUAAUAUUGUAUCAAGUAUAGAAUUUGAUCGAGAUGACGAACUCUUUGCUACAGCUGGAGUAUCACGGCGGAUCAAGGUGUUUGAGUUUUCAUCGGUGGUUAAUGAACCUGCAGACAUCCCUUGUCCUGUUGCUGAGAUGUCGACUCGCUCCAAACUUAGCUGUCUGAGCUGGAACAAGUAUACCAAAAAUCACAUAGCCAGUAGUGAUUAUGAGGGCAUUGUGACUGUUUGGGAUGUCACCACUCAUCAGAGUGUAAUGGAGUAUGAAGAGCACGAGAAGCGAGCUUGGAGUGUCGAUUUUUCACGUACCGAACCUUCAAUGCUUGUAUCUGGUAGCGAUGACUGCAAGGUCAAGAUUUGGUGCACAAAGCAGGAAGCUAGUGUUCUCAAUAUUGAUAUGAAAGCAAAUAUAUGUUCGGUCAAAUACAAUCCUGGAUCAAGCGUAAACAUAGCAGUGGGUUCAGCGGACCAUCACAUACACUACUACGACUUACGAAAUACAAGUCAACCUGUGCAUAUUUUUAGUGGACACAGGAAAGCUGUUUCGUAUGUGAAAUUUCUGUCCAGCACUGAGCUUGCUUCUGCAUCUACAGACAGCACCCUACGGUUAUGGGAUGUAAAGGAAAACGUUCCCGUGCGAACAUUUAGAGGGCACACCAAUGAGAAGAAUUUUGUAGGCCUAACUGUGAACAGUGAAUACAUUGCUUGUGGCAGCGAAACAAAUGAAGUAUUCGUUUAUCACAAGGCAAUUCCAAAGCCAGCUGCAUGUCACAAGUUUGGUAGGGAUGGGGAAGAAGGUGAUGAAGAUGCAGGAUCGUACUUUAUUAGUGCAGUGUGUUGGAAAAGUGACAGCCCAACAAUGUUGACUGCUAAUAGUCAAGGGACAAUUAAAGUGCUUGUCCUAGCUUCCUAA